AGACAUGUUGUGUUAUCAGAACAAGACAGAACAUGGAGAGCCAUCUGCGAGGAUCCCACACCAGGGAAAUGCUUUGUAGGCGACAUUACAUUUCUGCCAGGCUUCCUGCAAAGUAAGCUUGAUCAUCUAGCUGUGUAGUAUACACACUGCAAUAUGCUGCGGUCGUUGCCUGCUUGUGUGGCUGCACUUGUGGCUGUGAUUGUGGCAGGACAAGUAUCAGGGGUGGACAGUCAGGGCCUUUUUGUCGCCGGCCUCACCUCGCAGUUCCAAAUCAACUGUUUGAGUCUACCUGACAACUACUACCCUGACCCACACUCAUGUCACCACUACUACAUCUGCAACAACCAGAUUGCGUACAGAGUGCAGUGUGAAACAGGAUUUUUGUACAACCCAGAGACAAAGCACUGCGACUGGCCAUCCAGAGUCCACUGUGAGAUUGCUCCUUUGGGAGGCAUCCAGUCUACUACCCUUCCACCUGUGACCCAAACUACCCCACCCAUACAACUACUAGCCAAGCUCAACUGCUCCAAAUGUUUUGUUCCACAAAACAAGAUGGCACUUACCGUGACCCCAGUGACUGUCACAAGUACAUUGAGUGCACCAGGGGCCAUGGACACCAAAGUAGCUGUCCCCUGA